AUGAAAACCAAGCCUUUUAUCUUUGUGUUCUUUCUUUGUGCACUAGUUUUAAUUUCUGUUGUGGCUGUUGAGCCAUUCAAAGAUGAGAAACAAACUAAUGCUUUUGAUAUGUCAAAAACAAAAGUUGCAGUAAAUAAGGAUGCAGGCUCGGGAGGUGGGCACGAUGGACACCAAGGAAAAGGACAUGAAGAUGGAGAAUGGGGAUUUUGGAUAAAUGACGGAGGUGGUUGGGGAGCUUGGUUAGAACAUGCAGGUUGGAAAGGUUGGAUAAAAAAUGAGGGAGUCUCAGGAGGAGGAGGAGGAGGAGGAGGAGGAGGAGGAGGAGGAGGAGGAGGAGGAGGAGGAGGGCGCGGACGAGAAAAGGAAAUAAGUUGGGGAGAAGGAGAAAAUAUAGGGCUUGGGGGACAAGGGGGAAGAGAAAAUGAAGAAAAUUGGAGAAGAGGAGAAAACAAUAGAAUUAGAGGAGAAUAUCUAGAAAACAAAGGACCUGUUUGGACAAGAGGAACAAACAAAGGAUCUGGAGGCAUAAAUGGUGGAGGGCGUGGACAAGUAGGGCUUUGGAACAUCCAUAAAAAUUAA